AUGUUUUUCAGGGAAGAACAAAGCUUGACUUACACUUUUCUAAUACUUUGUUUCCUGACACUAAGGCUGUCCACCAGUCAGAAGUGUUCCACCGAAAGUCUAGAAGAUGUUGUCAUUGACAUCCAGUCAUCUCUUUCUAAGGGAAUCAGAGGCAAUGAGCCUGUGCACACAUUAACUCAAGAAGACUGCAUUAAUUCCUGCUGUUCAACAAAGAACAUAGCAGGAGACAAAGCAUGUAACUUGAUGAUCUUCGACACUCGAAAAACAGCUAGACUACCCAACUGCUACCUGUUUUUCUGUCCCAGUGAGGAAGCCUGUCCACUAAAACCAGCAAAGGGACUUAAGAGUUACAGGAUAAUUAGAGAUUUUCCAUCUUUGACCAGAACUGACUUGCCAAGUCAAGAGCUAGCCCAAGAAGAUUCUCUCUUACAUGGCAAGACUUCACAAGCAGUCACUCCCAUACCUUCUCAUCUGACAGGUCAUUCAAAGCCCGCUGAUGCUAUAUGGAAAGAUACACUUUCUCAGAGGUUUGGAGCCUCAGAUCACUUGGAGAAAGUAUUCCAGAUUAAUCAAACGAGUAUACAGUUUCCUGUUUAUAAAGAAAAAGGCCAAUCUCUGAGUUCACAGUUUUCCCCCAAACAAAAAAUAGCUCAUCAGCUGCUUGAAAAUAUGACUCUAUUCCCAACCACAGUGACUGCUGUUUCUCCACAUACCAUCUCCGUUACUCCAAAGCCUGCAGUUCUCCAACCUACCAACCCUUCAGUGAUACCUGCUAUGACUUCUCAACCUCAAGUAGCCACCACGCUUCCACCUGUCACAACCAUUACUUCUCAGCCUCCCACAGCCCUUGUUUCUACACUUUUUACGAGUGCCAUGAUUACAUCCCUAGCUAGCACGACUACAAUAGCAGUUCGGACUUCCACCUUUCAGACACCUACCAUCUUGAAAGUCACCUCAGAAAUGGUGCCUUCUAGAGAAAUCUCUAACCUAACUUUGAACACAGGAGAUGCACACAACUUUGCUACACUUCCUGUGUCAAAUGUGGGUUCCUCUGCUACAAAUAAAACUGCUACCCAGAAAAAUAGGAAGGCCAAUCUAGGCAGUUCCUCACAAAACAAUGUUCCAGAAAGUCAAUAUGGCUUUCCCUUUGAAAAGUGGCUCCUCGUUGGAACCCUGCUCUUUGGUGUUCUGUUCCUGGUGAUAGGCCUCGUCCUCUUGGGUAGAAUGCUCUCAGAAUCCCUCCGUAGGAAACGUUACUCACGACUAGAUUAUUUGAUCAAUGGCAUCUAUGUUGACAUCUAA